UUCUCAAAUUUGUGCAAUUGUCCUGUUGAGCGCUGUAUUUGGAUCUCUGACAUGGAGGAAAUGCUGUCAUUCUUGGAUGUGGCUAUAUAUUUCUCUGUAGAGGAAUGGGAAUGCCUGGGUCCUGCUCAGUGGAAACUGUACAGGGAUGUGAUGUUGGAGAAUUACAACAACCUUGUGUUCCUGGGUCUUGUUUCCUCUAAGCCACACCUGGUCACAUUUCUGGAGCAAAUACAAGAGCCUUCAGAUAUGAAGAGUCAAGCCGCCAUCACUGUGCACCCAGGGGGAAAAUGUUAUACAUACAAAGAAUGUGGCAAAGCCUUUGAGCACAAAAAUGUAUAUCAGAAUUGCCGGAGAAUUCAUUUAAGAGCAAAGUCCUACAAGUGUGAAGAAUGUGGCAAGUCCUUCCAUUAUCCAUCAAGACUUUCUGACCAUAAGAAAACUCAUACAGGAGAGAAACCACACAAGUGUGAAGUAUGUGGCAAGGCUUUCUAUUAUCCAUCAAGACUUUCCAGACAUAAGAAAACUCACACAGGAGAGAAACAAUCCAAGUGUGAAGUAUGUGGCAAGGACUUCCAUUAUCCAUUAAGACUUUCUAAACACAAGAUAAUUCAUACAGAAGAGAAUCCCUACAAGUGUGAUGUAUGUGGCAAGGCCUUCGACUAUCCAUCAAGGCUUUCCAACCAUAAGAAAAUUCACACCAAAGAGAAACCAUACAAGUGUGAAGUAUGUGGAAAUGCCUUCUGUUUUUCAUCGUCACUUCAUAAACACAAGAUAAUUCAUACAGGAGAGAAACCCUACAAGUGUGAAGUAUGUGGCAAGGCCUUCAGUUCUACAUCAAGACUUUCCAAACAUAAGAAAAUUCACACAGAAGAGAAACCAUACAAGUGUGAAGUAUGUGGAAAGGCCUUCCACUUUCCAUUCUUACUCUCGAUACACAAGAGAACUCAUACAGGAGAAAAACCCUGCAAGUGUGAAGUAUGUGGAAAAGCCUUCCAUUGUCCGUCAAUACUUUCUGUACACAAGAAAAUUCAUACUGGAGAAAAACCCUACAAGUGUGAAGUAUGUGGCAAAGCCUUCAAUACAACAUCAAAACUUUCUCAUCAUAAGAGAAUUCAUACAGGAGAAAAACCCUACAAGUGUAAAGUCUGUGGUAAGGCAUUCUAUUAUCCAUCAAAACUUUCCAAACAUAACAAAAUUCAUACAGGAGAGACUCCUUCCAAGUGUGAAGAAUGUGGCAAAUCCUUCCGUUUUCCAUCAUUACUUUCUGAACACAAAAGAAAUCAUACAGGAGAAAAACCCUACAACUGUGAAAUAUGUAGUAAAGCUUUCCAUGCUCCUCCAUUGCUUUCUUCAUUAGUUUCUCAACACAAGAUAGUUAAUACAGGAGAAAAACCCUACAAAUGUGAAGGCUUUGGCAAGGCCUUCCAUGUUCCAUCAAGACUUUCCAACCAUAAGAAAAUUCAUACAGGAGAGAAACCACACAAAUGUGAAGUGUGUGGCAAAGCUUUUGAUUAUCCAUCAAGACUUUCCAACCAUAAGAGAAUUCAUACAGGAGAGAAACCCUACAACUGUGAAGUAUGUGGCAAAGCUUUCCAUGAUCCGUCAAAACUUUCUCAACACAAAAUAAUUCAUACAGGAGACAAACCCUACAAAUGUGAAGUUUGUGGCAAGACCUUCCAUUACCCAUCCAUACUUUCUAAACAUAAGAUAAUUCAUACAGAAGAGAAUCUCUGCAAGUAAAAACCCUACAAAUGUGAAGACUGCGGUAAGGCUUUCUAUUAUCCAUCAAGACUUUCCAGACAUAAGAAAACUCACACAGGAGAGAAACCAUACAAAUGUGAUGUAUGUGGCAAGGCCUUCCAUUAUCCAUCCAUACUGUCUAAACACAAGAUAAUUCAUACAGAAGAGAAUCCCUACAAGUGUGAUGUAUGUGGCAAGGCCUUCGACUAUCCAUCAAGGCUUUCCAACCAUAAGAAAACUCAUACAGAAGAGAAACCAUACAAGUGUGAAGUAUGUGGAAAUGCCUUCUGUUUUUCAUCAUCACUUCGUAAACACAAGAUAAUUCACACAGGAGAGAAACCCUAUAACUGUGAAGUAUGUGGCAAGGCCUUUGGUUCUCCAUCAAGACUUUCCAAACAUAACAAAAUUCAUACAGAAGAGAAACCAUACAAGUGUGAAGUAUGUGGAAAGGCCUUCCACUUUCCAUCAUUACUCUCGGUACACAAGAGAAUUCAUACUGGAGAAAAACCUUACAAGUGUGAAGUAUGUGGCAAGGCUUUUUAUUGUCCAUCUACACUUUCUGUACACAAGAGAAUUCAUACAGGAGAAAAUGCCUACAAAUGUGAAGAAUGUGACAAAGCCUUCCACUGUCCAUCAACACUUUCAGUGCACAAGAGAAUUCAUACUCAAGAAAAACCCUACAAGUGUGAAGUAUGUGGCCAGGCAUUCCAUGUUUCAUCAAAACUUUCUCAUCACAAGAGAAUUCAUACAGGAGAAAAACCCCACAAAUGUGAAAUUUGUGGCAAGGCCUUCUAUUAUCCAUCAAGACUUUCCAAACAUAAGGUAGUUCAUACACGAGAGAAACCCUGCUAUGGUCAAGCAUGUGGCAGGGCCCUCAAUUAUCCAUCAAGACAUUUCAAACUUAAGAAAAUUAUUACAGGAGAGAAACCAAACAAAUGUGAAAUAUGUGGUAAAGCCUUCCGUUUUCCAUCAUUACUUUCAAUACACAAGAGAAUUCACACAGGAGAAAAUCCCUAUAAGUGUGAAGUAUGUGGCAAGGCCUUCCGUUACCCAUCAAGACUGUCUAACCAUAAGAAAAUUCAUACAGGAGAGAAAGCAUACAAGUGUGAAGUAUGUGGCAAGGCCUUUGAUUAUGCAUCAUUACUUUCUAAACACAAGAUGAUUCAUACAGGAGAGAAUCCCUACCAUGGUGGAGUAUAUGGGAAGGCCUUCAGUUAUUCAUCAAGAAUUUCCAAAGAUAAGAACAUUUAUACAGGAGAGAAACCAUAAAUAUGCAAAGUAUGUGGAAACACCUUCCAUUUUCCAUUAUUACUUUCUAACCACAAGAGAAUCAUACUAUACAAAAGUCCUACAGAUGUGAAGUAUGUGGCAAGGCCUUUUGUUAUCCAUCAAGACUUUCCAACCAUAACCAAAUUCAUUACAGGAGAGAAAACAUACAAGUGUGAAGAAUGUGCAAAUGCCUUCCAUUCUCCAUCAUCGCUUUCUAAACACAAGAGAAUUCAACACAAUAAAGAACCUCUAGCCGGGCAGUGGUGGCGCAUGCCUUUCAUCCCAGUACUUGGGAGGCAGAGGCAGGGGGAUUUCUGAG